AUGGACCCGAGGCUCCACGAAUUGCUCGAACUCUCCGAGAACGAGCUCCCGACCCCGUUCUACAGUUUGGUACACCCAGAAGAUGCGAUUUGCCUGGCCGAAGCUCAUAAAGAAGUAGUGAAAAACGGCUCCUCGGGGCUGCUCAUCUACCGACUGUCCGCCCAAAAAUCCGGGCGGCUCUACUACGUCCAAUCCUCGUGCCGGAUGUUCUUCAAAAACGGCAAGGCCGACUCGAUAGCGUUGACGCAUCGGAUACUCAACGAAGUCGAGGGAACGAUGCUCCUCGAAAAGCGCUCCUCCCUCAAGGCCAAGCUGCUCUCAUUCGACGACUCACUCCUCCAAUCCCCCUCGCAAUCUACAGCUGCUGCCCUACCAUCAAUUUGUGUCCCUUCAACGAGCCGUGAAUCUCCGGAUGAAGAAACGAGCCGUUCAGAAGCCACCCGUUCCUCCUCCGCCUCAAAAAGCCCCAUCCAACUGCCCGUCACGCGGAAACGGAAGGCAAAAGCCGCAAAUGGCCAGGGUCAACCGGAAAUUUCGGAGCAGAAAGCUGUGGUGUUGGAGCAGACGUGGAUACCGCCCAUACAACAGAUAAAUCCGCAGCCAACCUGGAACGAAGAAAAUCACCAAAUGCUACCCAGAAUGCCGGACGUCAUGCAGUGGACCACCCCGGAAUGGGUGUCUUGUGGAGGGCUGUAUACUGGGAAUUUCGGAAUGCCAUGCCCUCCAUUCUUGCCGCAUUUCCCGGAACUUCCUUCACUGGACAACCAUUGGCAGCAGAAUGAAAUGCUAAUCGCUCCUUCUCUACCACAUAUGGACGAUACUCAUAUGAUCAAGCCGCACCCAUUCAUCCCGUACCCGCUGGGGGAAAAGGUAGGAAAUCUUACCAAGGCGAAAAAACGU